UGGAGCCUGGACUGGAGGCUGUGGGGAGGGAUUGACGAAAGUGACCACUUAGAGCCCUGAGCCUUAGCCCUGGGACGCCUGGCUGGAAGCAGGCAGUCCUGCUUCCUGUGACCUUGGGGGAUCCGAACAGGACAGGGCCCAGGGGACCCAGUGCACUACCUCCUUCCCCACGCCUUUUCCCUUAAUCGCUCCUCCUCUGUCGCCUCUUCCCCGCCCUCUACUGCCCUAAACUGCUUCCUGAGCCGAAACUGUUUGGCUUUUUCCUGCCCUAGUUAGGGUUGGAGGGGGGUGUCGCAGCCCUUGGCCUUGUGGAACCAUGGAGCCCAGGGGGACGAUACCCGGGGUGCCUGGCUGCGGGCCUCGAGUGGCCGCCGGGUCAGGGACGGCCGCGGAGCUCGUGUACCAUCUAGCAGGGGCCCUGGGCACGGAGCUGAAGGAGCUGGCGCGCCGCUUCGGGCCGGAGGCGGCGGCCAGGCUAGUGCCGCUCGUGGUUCGGGCGCUGGAGCUCCUGGAAAAGGCUGCCGUGGGGCCCGACCCGGACUCACUGCAGGUGUCAGCGCAGCAGGCCGAACUAGAGCUGCGGCGGCUGCGCGAGGAGAACGAGCACCUCCGCAGACAGCUGCACUCUGGGCCACACGAGGAGCGCGCUCUUCUGCGGCAGCUCAAGGAGGUGACCGACCGCCAGCGAGACGAGCUCCGGGCGCACAACCGCGACCUGCUGCAGCGCAGCCAGGAGACGGAGGCGCUGCAGGAGCAGCUGCAGCGCCUCCUGCUGGUGAAUUCAGAGCUGCGGCACAAACUGGCAGCGGUGCAAACCCAGCUGCGUGCCGCGAGGGACCGCGAGAGCGAGCGGGAGCUACAGCGCCAGGGGGCAGUGGAGCUGGCUCAGGAGCCGGCGCAGGACCAGGCCAGGGGGGCCGGGUACGAGCAGAGGCAGGAGCCCGAGCGGGCAACCGCUGAGGCGGGGGCCCCAGGGACCCCUGAGGACCCGCCAGGGCGCCCCUCCAAGGUAGGACAGUGCAGCUUCAGUCGAGAGGAACUUGAGCAGAUCCUUCAGGAGAGGAAUGAACUCAAAGCCAACGUGUUCCUGCUGAAGGAGGAGUUGGCCUACUUCCAGAGGGAGCUGCUCACGGACCACCGGGUCCCUGGGCUUCUGGUUGAAGCCAUGAAGGUGGCUGUCAAGAAGCAGCGGAAGAAGAUCAAGGCCAAGAUGUUAGGGAUUCCAGAGGAAGCAGAGAGCAGUGACGAUGAAGACAGCUCAUGGCUCCUACUCUCCAGUGAUAAGGGAGCCCACCCUCCACCCACUGAGUCCCGAAUACAGAGUUUCUUUGGCCUGUCCUAUCGGGGUGAAACAGAGGCCCCUGAAGCCCAGACCAGCAGCAUGGCCCCCAGUAAGCUAGGGGGAGAAGAGGAGGCAGCCCCACAGUCCUCAACUCCUGACCAGCCGUGCUCUGCACUCGAUGAACAUCUUUGUCUCAGCUGCCCCAGAGACCUGACUUUGGAAUCUGGCUAUGGGUAGAUGUGUGGCCUCAAAUGAGGACAGGGCUCCCUCCUUCUCAGCCCUCCCCAGGCUCUUUCGUGAUCCUGGCCUGAGCCAGGGGAUGAUGAAGAGCUCAGCCUACCUUCCUUCCCUGUAUCCCUGUGCCAAGCCUCCGGGGUCAGAUGAAAGUGCUUCCUCCCUGAGUCUCCGUUUUCCCAUUUGUAAAAUGGAGAGCGGGCUACCUACCUCCCAAGGGUCUAUGUGAACGGCCUAAGCCAAUGUAAUAAAGCCGCUGCCCACGAUACCCAGAAA